UAUAAUGCGGGACAUAACAUUCCCACGCAUCAUGGAGGAGUAUCUGCAAGGCUACCGGGAGCAUUAUGAGUGCAUCGACCCUACAGUCAGGCUCCAAGAAAACGCAGUCUCCAAGAUAAGCCGAGUGAAAUCGUUCCUAACCUUCAUGGCACACGGUUUCAAGCGCCUGUCUGACUGGCUCUUUAUGAGAGAUUUGAAGAGGAUACGUGGCUGGUCCCGGAGCCUGAUAACGUCGAGCCUACAGGUCACGACCUCUGACUUCUAUAUCAAAAAUAUAGCACACUUUGUCAAAUACAUGUCAGCCACACCAUGCAAGGGUAGCAGGCUCAACCAAAAUGACAUGACCUUAAUAACACGGGAACUUGGUGCCAUCCUGAAGUCCCUGAGGAAGAAGGUGGUUAUCCACCAGAUGCAGGUGAAGCGGGACAAGAUGGAAGGUCUGCCGAGCCAUAAAGACAUCAUCGCAUGUUUGACUGCGGCCAAUACUCUCAUCCCUCAGCUCCUGGACGUGAUGGCCAGCAAUCCGACUACCGCAACCCGGCUGUUGCUCUAUGGGUACCUGACCCUCCAUUGGAGCUGCAUCUAUGGCCACCGUCCGGGGGUCUACUCGAACAUGACCAACGCCGAGGUCCGAAAGGCGGAGACAACUGGCACUGCCUUUGGCUACCUCAUCCACGUAAGCAACCACAAGACGGCCAGCGCGUUCGGGGAAAGCGCAGCUAUACCUCACCAUAGAAGAGUUUGGAUGGAUGAAGAGGUGGCUGGAUAUAAAGGAGACGCUGACAUGGGUGAAGAGAGGGUGCCAGACUCUGCACCAACUUCACCCGAUACAGACAUUGUUACCAAUGCACAAGCCAGUGACCAACUUGCAAAUAUGCAAUGCGUUGUUCAAAUCAGUCCCCUUGUGCUGGAUGAGUGAACAAUGCUAUACUGUUAUAAAGUGACAAUGUCAAUGUAUAUAUAUAUAUUUCUGUGAAUAAAGUUUGUUAAAAUUA